AUGGGAAAAGUCAUAAGAGCUUAAAGAAAAGGGCGUGCAAAUGGUGUCUUUAAAUCUCACAAAAGUGGUAGAAUAGCCCCCGCAUAAUAUCGUGUAUACGAUUAUGCUGAAAGAUAAGGUUAUAUUAGAGGUUGUGUUAGAGAAGUUUUACAUGAACCCGGUCGUGGCGCUCCUUUAGUUAAAGUAGAUUUUAAAGAUCCAUACAGAUACAAACAUAACAAGGAAUAUUUCAUCGCCGCAGAAGGCUAAUAUUCAGGCCAAUAUGUAUAUUGUGGCCUUAAAGCUGGUAUAUCUGUAGGAAAUGUCCUCCCAAUAAACAAAAUUCCUGAAGGUACCGUAGUAUGCAAUGUAGAAGAAAAAGUAGGUGACAGAGGUGCAUAUUCUAGAGCUUCUGGAACAUAUGCAACAAUUAUCGGUCAUUCAGAAGACGGAAGUAAGACCAGAAUCAGAUUACCUUCCGGAUGUAGAAAAACUAUCAAUGGAGAUUGCAGAGCAACAAUUGGUGUUGUCGCCGGAGGUGGUAGAACCGAUAAACCAAUUUUAAAAGCCGGUAAUCAAUACCAUAAAUAUGCCAAAAAGAGAAAAAAUUGGCCUAAAGUUAGAGGUGUAGCAAUGAAUCCUGUAGAUCAUCCUCAUGGUGGUGGUAAUUAAUAACAUAUUGGUCAUCCUUCGACUGUUUCUAAGUAAUCUUGUCCUGGGUAGAAAGUUGGUUUAAGAGGAGCUAGAAGAACUGGGCUUAUUAGAGGUGGUUAAAAGGAAAAAUUAGCAAUGAAAAGUGCAGCUGCUGGCGGUGUUUGAGUUUCUUUUUAAUUUUGUAGGAAAAGAAAAACUGUUUAUCCUUUUUUUUUUUUUAUUAUUAUUAUUAUUUGGAAUGUAUAAAUUUUAUAUAUGGAAUAUUUUUUUUAUGUUAAUUUUUUUUUUCUUUUAAU